CGCUCGGCCGCGCGCGGGUCGGCAGGCUCUAUGGGGAAAGCGGCCGCUCCGAGCCGAGGCGGCGGCUGUGGCGGCCGCUCCCGUGGGCUUUCGUCGCUCUUCACGGUUGUCCCCUGCCUGUCGUGCCACACGGCGGCGCCGGGCAUGAGCGCUUCCACGUCCGGCUCCGGGCCGGAGCCCAAGCCCCAGCCCCAGCCCGUGCCCGAACCGGAGCGGGGACCGCUGUCAGAACAGGUGUCAGAGGCAGUUUCGGAGGCAGUGCCAAGAUCGGAGCCUGUGUCCGAGACGACGUCUGAGCCGGAGCCAGGGGCUGGGCAGGCAUCGGAACUGCUGCAGGGGUCGCGGCCGGGGUCAGAGUCAAGUUCAGGUGUAGGGGCUGGGCCCUUCGCUAAGGCCGCAUCAGAGCCGCUCUCCCGGGCGGUGGGGAGCGCGCCCUUUCUCAGACCCGAGUCAGGAUCGCUGCCAGCGUUAAAGCCCCUGCCUCUUCUGCGACCAGGACAGGCGAAGACUCCUCUUGGGGUUCCAAUGUCGGGGACUGGCACGACCUCCAGUGCCCCACUGGCCUUACUGCCUCUGGACAGCUUCGAGGGCUGGCUUCUCAAGUGGACCAACUAUCUGAAGGGCUACCAGCGCCGCUGGUUCGUGCUGGGCAAUGGUUUGCUAUCUUACUACAGAAAUCAGGGUGAAAUGGCCCACACGUGCCGUGGAACCAUCAACCUGUCCACCGCGCACAUUGACACGGAGGACUCUUGUGGUAUCUUGCUGACCAGUGGGGCCAGGAGCUACCACCUCAAGGCCAGCUCAGAGGUGGACCGGCAGCAGUGGAUCACCGCCCUGGAGCUGGCCAAGGCCAAGGCUGUCCGCGUGAUGAACACUCAUUCAGAUGACUCUGGGGACGACGACGAGGCUACCACCCCAGCCAACAAGAGCGAGCUGCACCACACCCUAAAGAAUCUUUCCUUGAAGUUAGAUGACCUCAGCACAUGCAAUGACCUCAUCGCCAAGCAUGGCGCCGCACUCCAGCGCUCCCUGACAGAGCUGGACGGCCUCAAGAUCCCAUCCGAGAGUGGGGAGAAGCUGAAGGUGGUGAACGAGCGGGCCACCCUCUUCCGCAUCACAUCCAAUGCUAUGAUCAACGCCUGCAGGGACUUCCUGGAACUAGCAGAGAUACACAGUCGGAAAUGGCAGCGGGCACUGCAGUAUGAGCAGGAGCAGCGUGUGCACUUGGAGGAAACCAUUGAGCAGCUGGCCAAGCAGCACAACAGCCUCGAGCGGGCCUUCCGCAGCGCCCCUGGCCGGCCGGCCAACCCCUCCAAGAGCUUCACUGAGGGAAGCUUCUUGACUCCCAAAGGAGAGGACAGUGAGGAAGAUGAAGAUACCGAGUACUUUGAUGCCAUGGAAGACUCCACAUCCUUCAUCACCGUGAUCACCGAGGCCAAGGAAGACAGAAAAGCUGAAGGUAGCACCGGGACAAGUUCCGUGGACUGGAGCUCAGCAGACAAUGUACUAGAUGGUGCCUCGCUCGUGCCCAAGGGUUCAUCCAAAGUCAAGAGGCGAGUCCGCAUUCCCAACAAGCCCAACUACAGCCUUAACCUCUGGAGCAUCAUGAAGAACUGCAUCGGCCGGGAGCUCUCCAGGAUCCCCAUGCCGGUGAACUUCAACGAGCCUCUGUCCAUGCUCCAGCGGCUGACGGAGGACCUGGAGUACCACCACCUGCUGGACAAGGCGGUGCACUGCACCAGCUCAGUGGAGCAGAUGUGCCUGGUGGCCGCCUUCUCUGUGUCCUCCUACUCCACCACGGUGCACCGCAUCGCCAAGCCCUUCAACCCCAUGCUGGGGGAGACCUUCGAGCUGGACCGCCUCGACGACAUGGGCCUGCGCUCCCUCUGUGAGCAGGUGAGCCACCACCCCCCCUCAGCUGCGCACUACGUGUUCUCCAAGCAUGGCUGGAGCCUCUGGCAGGAGAUCACCAUCUCCAGCAAGUUCCGGGGAAAAUACAUCUCCAUCAUGCCGCUAGGUGCCAUCCACUUAGAAUUCCAGGCCAGUGGGAAUCACUACGUGUGGAGGAAGAGCACCUCAACUGUGCACAACAUCAUCGUGGGCAAGCUCUGGAUCGACCAGUCAGGGGACAUCGAGAUUGUGAACCAUAAGACCAAUGACCGGUGCCAGCUGAAGUUCCUGCCCUACAGCUACUUCUCCAAAGAGGCAGCGCGGAAGGUGACAGGAGUGGUGAGUGACAGCCAGGGCAAGGCCCAUUACGUGCUCUCCGGCUCGUGGGAUGAACAAAUGGAGUGCUCCAAGGUCGUGCAUAGCAGUCCCAGCAGCCCCAGCUCUGACGGGAAGCAGAAGACAGUGUACCAGACCCUGUCAGCCAAGCUGCUGUGGAAGAAGUACCCGCUGCCGGAGAACGCGGAGAACAUGUACUACUUCUCAGAGCUGGCCCUGACCCUCAACGAGCACGAGGAGGGCGUAGCGCCCACCGACAGCCGCCUGCGGCCCGACCAGCGGCUGAUGGAGAAGGGCCGUUGGGACGAGGCCAAUACCGAGAAGCAGCGGCUGGAGGAGAAGCAGCGCCUGUCGCGGCGCCGGCGGCUGGAGGCCUGCGGGCCGGGCAGCAGCUGCAGCUCGGAGGAAGGUGAGGCCGGGCGGGAAGGGCGCCCUGGAGGGGAGGAAAGGGGUGCCCGGGUGGGGGUCCCGUGGGGACGGAUUCCGGGGGAGCAGGCCACCAGCCCACCCACCAGCCCACUGUGCCUGCCCAGCAGAGAAGGAGGCGGAUGCCUACACGCCACUGUGGUUUGAGAAGAGGCUGGACCCGCUGACCGGGGAGAUGGCUUGUGUGUACAAGGGCGGCUACUGGGAGGCCAAGGAGAAGCAAGACUGGCACAUGUGCCCCAACAUCUUCUGAGCGCCACCCUUGCAGCAAAUACAGGCGCCUGCACAGCCUGGCCCACCUGUUCAUUAAUGCACUCAAUUUAGUACUGAAUGGUCUUUCUCCUAGCCCAUUCCCAGCCCUUCCUAUUUCCUUUCCUAUUUUUUUUUCUCCCCACACUUUCUUGGGACUCCCACCUUGGAAGGAGGAAGGGCUGACCUGGGUUCUCUCCAGCCCCCAGGUGCGCCGGGUCACCCGUGCCCCUUCAUUAUGGACCUGGGCCCUACUGGAACCCCUGCCCCAGUUACCACAACUCAGGCCGGCUGGCCCGGGCCAUGGGCUGCGCAAAUCACCAGCCCCCAACCCAGGGAGGAACUGGCCCCUCCUAGGGAGCCUCUUCGACUUUUUUAGAAAAAUGAUCUCCAUUUCUUUCCAGCCAUGAUGUUUAGUAAAUAUUUUUAGUACCGCACUUAGCAGACAGCUUUCCAAGUGUGCUUUCUUGCCACAAAAGUGUCCUCGCAAGAGCCCCUUAUUUUUAAGACAUCAGGAAGCCAGACCCCUUUGAGUUGGGAGAAUUUUGUAGCUCAACAUAUCAAGUCCUCGAUGGUAUCUGAGCUGCCCACAUCCCCACCUUCCAGGGCCCCACAGAGCCCAAAACAGAAGGGGGCUGCCCCAGCCCAGCAGAGCACAGAGAGUUUCUGGAGCUCCCACCCAUAGAUGCGGGAGGGGGUACUGAUGGCAACCCCCAUGUGGAUUUGAGGGCAGCAGUCCCUGGCCUCACCCUAGCCAGCCUGGGUGGCUCCCUAGCCCCAAGAGGCCAGGAAGGGCUGGAAGGCAGGGCCUGCAGGUGCUCCCUGCCCUGAGACCCAGGCCCCAAAUCAGCAAUAAUGAACAAACCCUUGGCCCAGCCUGGGCUGGUGACCCGGGCACCAGAGACCUUGCAUCCCUCCUCAUCCUAGGAGGCCCCUAGGGGUGCCCCAUCUCAGUGCCCCCGAACUCUUUAUUUGCCUAAUUUAUAUAUAUAUAUGAUAUAUAAAUAUAUAUAAAAUAGCUAUUUUGCUUAAAUUUCUACAGUAUGUAAAAGUGAAAAAAUGAUGAAGACGGGCGCACCUGUCUGAGUUUGGCCGUCAUGUCAGCUGUGCCCUUCCCUCUCCUCAUGCACCCUUCUAGCGGCUUCUGCCAACCAUGGGGGGCUGGACCACCAUGGCCACUGACCCAGCCCCUCAGAAUCCCACACUCCAAUCCUUUCCAUUUCAGUUUAGUCCUAAAAGUUCAUCACAGGGUUUUUCUUUCUACUCCAGGACUGGUUUUGUUUUUAUAUAUAUAUAUAAAAAAAAAAAGUGAAAACACCAAUGUGUGAAAUGCCUUAUGAUGCCCACUGGAGAGGCGGGGCGGGGUGGGGCAGGAUGGCCCCACUGGGGCUCCCACAGAGCUGUGGAAUGUACCUCUCCCCAACACUGUUUUGUUAGCAAGCACCUUUUGACCAGUAAUAAAAAACCUUGGCUUUGGAGUUUUCCACUGCCCUGU